AAUCAAUCUAAUUUUCAAGAAUCAUUAAAAUAUUGCAUAUGCUCUCCUAACCAUGUUUGGAGAAUCACUAGAUGGAAUACUAAUUUUAAUUCUGCACUCACAGUGAUGGCUUCAUCUUACAAAAACGCAGAGACGAAAAUGGCGACGAAAUCAAACAUGAAGGGAUUCUUCAAGCAACAGAAGAAGGGUAUUGCGAAGUCAAAGGCGAAGUCAAAGUCUUCCUGCUCUACGCCGAUGAUCUCCGCCGGCGUUGACGCCCCUCAACCUCCGGCUCUCGUCUCCCAUGGCUCUCACGAUCUACAAGUGGACUAUGAAGAGAAUGAUAAUGUGUUGCGGCAAUUUGACAUGAACUUAGUGUAUGGGCCAUGCCUGGGAAUAAGCAGACUGGCGCGGUGGGAGCGUGCAAAGAAGUUUGGUCUGAACCCUCCCAAUGAUCUUUUGAGCAUCCUUGAGGGCAAGAAUACUGGGAAAGAAUGUCUGUGGGAUGGCCUUGUUUAGGUUUCUUUCAGUCUUGGAAUUAGUUUUGUGUGUCUUAUGUUUCUGUUGAAAACAAUACAGCAGCCCCUGGCUGUGCUUGUAUCCCUUU